AUGCAAAGAUGCAGAACAUCCCAUCAGAUAGCACAAGUUCAGCAUAUCAAGACCAUUGGAGUUGGUAAGCAUGGCACUCGAUACAAGGUCUUCUGGGACCUCAAACAAGAUGGGAAAUAUUCCAACAAAUCAACUUGGAAACUGAUUAGAGAAAGGAAACCAACAGACCACAAUAUUGCUCAGAUUUCAUAUUCUGAAGGAUACUCUAUGCGUCUGCACGGCAAACUUCUAAAAGAAAAUCAAUGCGACAUGUUUUUCUUCAUGGAGAUUCAGCGCAAUAUGUAUGGAAUCACUUUAGAGGGCCACUGGGAAUCAGAAUUCAGACACACCAUCAGGCACACAAUUUACAACCGGUGCAAUCAAAACUCAAAUAAUUCCAUCCACAAGCUAGUUCUUCAAACUAUGCCAGGUCUUAUCUAUUGGGAGAUUUGGAAACAAAGGUGCGAGUGUAAUCAUGGAGGCAAAAUGAAUUUCAACAGAUAUAUGAUUAUCCAACACAUUGGCUGGAACAUUCAGAAUACAAUUACUAAAGCUUAUGCAGAAGUUGGUUUGACAUUACCGUGGAUCACUCUUUAAGAAAAACUUGUGAAGCUGAAACCUGUUCCAAACCUUUGUAUUGUAUGCUGGAAUUUCUAUGAAAAUGGUGUCCUUAAAAUUAAUAAUGACGGAAGCUGCUACCCAGCUAGUGGAAAAUCUGGUAUGGGGGGAUUUUUGAGGGAUGAUAAAGGCAAUCUCAUCUUGGCUUUCUCCUCACUGUCAAGUUGCUGCAGCAGCACACAAGCAGAAGCUAGCACUGCCAGUUAUGGACUAAGCCUUUGCCUUUUGUAAAAUCUGAAGAACUUCACUAUAGAUACUCUCUUUAGUCCUAUUUCAGAUGAUUGUGAACAACCGGCAAUCCAACUACAAGCUGAAUCUCAUUAUUGAGGUGAUACAUCAAAGAAUGAAACAAGAUAAUAUUCAGAAGACAGGAGAUAUAUAGCCCAUGACAUCUGCAAGUAUUCAGAUGACAUUAGAAUAUUCAGAGUGCAAUUGCUCAAGCUUAUCUAAAAGUUGUUCGACAUUACCUUGGAUCUCUCUUUGUGGAAAACUUGUGAAGCUGAAACCUGUCCCAAACCUCUCUAUUAUCGAAAAGUUCGUUCGAUAUUUGAAGUACUUGACAAAUCAGGAUAUAGCUUACGUACUAGAUUAUGUAGGCUACAUUGCACUAGGAUGAUCCCUCUAUCUAUUGAUACAUAACUCCACGGAUUGAUUACACGAAUGCAUAAACUAGGGGUUACUGUAAAGUUUAGCACUCUGUUUCAUCUGUCAAAUAUUGAAGCACCAGAUAACUA